CGGUGUGAGAUUUCGGCCUGGUUGGCAAAAUUGGUCUGACCAUAUAAACACUUCGAAUCGAGAGUUCUGUUACGGGAUCGAAGGUCCAUCGCGGUCGAAACCGAAGCAAGCGCUAAGCACCCGUUCGUUGUGUCCAUUUGUUUUUAUUGUUAUCGCUUGCUGUUUGGCGAUCCCGGCGAAAGGCUGCUGUGCCAAGUUUUUCCUAGUGUGAUCAUAAAACCGUUAAAGUGUCGGUCUUAGGCAGUGCUGGUACCGCGUGCCGGAAGCGCCGGACGCGGUCCGCGACCCACGCGGACGCCUUGGCCAAGAUGAUCAGGGAAUCCGAGGAGUUGGAGCAGAAGAAGGAGGCCAUGCUCAAAUACGCGAUGCUCCGGCUGUCGUACGCCGUGAAGGAAGGUUUCUACAAGCAGCUGUUGGCUUUGUUACGUGACUUUCCUGAUGAGGAAGAUCGCCGUGCGCUCAUCAAUCAGGAAAUCUACGAUUUUGAGGAUGAGGAAAACGAACACCAGGUCCAUACACCGCUGAUUAUAGCGUGCAUGAAUGGCCACGCGGAUGUCGUCCGCGUCCUACUCACGCAAGGUCCUGCGGAUCUGGAGAAGGAAGGCUGUGUGAAGCUGCACGGCGAAAUGACGCAGGGCGUUACGGCGCUCUGGGUAGCGGCCGGCCUCGGGCGACUGAACAUCGUUAAGCUGUUGAUCCAACACGGCGCACAAGUGGACCAUGCGACGCGCAAGGGUUCGACACCACUGCGGGCUGCCUGCUUCGACGGUCGGCUCGAUCUGAUCCAGUACCUGGUGGCGCACCAGGCAAACGUCGACACGGCCAACGUGUACAACAACACCUGCCUUAUGAUCGCGGCCUACAAGAACUACGUCGAUGUGCUGCAGUAUCUGCUCGAGCAGGGCGCACGUGUGAACGAGCAGGCUCAGUGCGGUGCCUCUGCACUUUUCUACGCGGCCGAAUGUGGCCACGUGGAAGUGUGCGAACGGCUGCUCGAUCAUGGCGCGAUGCUGCUGCGUAACACCUACGGCCUAACACCGGCACUAGCAGCCGCCGAGAGGACACGAGAGGCGACCGUACUGGUGUUUCUCGAUCGACCCAAUCUGUUGACGCGUGAGGAGCGCAUUGAGGUGCUGGAGUUGCUCGGAGCGUCGUACGCAAACGAUAAGAACAACUAUAACGUCAUGAAGGCGUUCACGUAUCUCAUGAUGGGCAUGGAAGAAAGAUAUAAGGACCCGGAAAAUAUAAUCCGCAAACCGACACUACCACCCGUGCCAGCCUACGAGCACUGGGUCGAGUGUCAAACGGUACAGGAUCUGCACGCAAUUCGCUACAACCACAAUUCGCUGCACAUGGAGUCACUAACCAUCCGCGAGCGUAUCCUCGGCCGCAAGUGUCCGGAGGUGGUGCACUCAAUCAUCUUCCGCGGGGCGGUUUGUGCCGACAAUGGACGCUUUGAUCGUUGCGAAAGUCUCUGGCUCCAUGCGCUCCGGCUGCGUCAACAGAACGGCCUCUCGGUGCAACGUGAUCUGCUGCGUUUCGUGCAGCUGUUUUCACAGGAGUUCUCCAUCAACGAGCCGAUGCACUUCGAGGGAGUGCUGGCCGUGCUGGGUGCGUGCGUGGACGAGCUGCGUUACAACCAGCAGAAACUGGCACAACCGGGCCCUCGGGACGACACGGAAGCGAUCGGAGAGGACUACGAGAUGAACGUCGUGACGGUGCUGUAUCUCGUGACGAUUGUCACCAAGCUGUUGCGCAUCGAACGGUUCCCACGCACCGAACAACAGACUCUGCAAGCCUACCAGAUGAUCUAUCAGCUAAACCAACUCGCCGUACGCCUGCGGGACGACCAGACGUUGCUGCAUCUCUCGGUGAACGGUGUGGCACCGGUGGAUGAUUUUCACACGGACGAUGUGUGCAGAUUUCCCUGCGCCGAUACGGUCAAGUUGCUGCUUAAAUGUGGUGCCCUGGUGGACGUGGUCGAUUACGAACGAAACACCCCACUGCAUACACUGGUUGGAACGGUGGACACGUCACGGCUAGCGGCCAAUAACAUGGUAGAGGAAGUAAAGGAAAUCACAGAAGUUCUGGUGCAAGCAGGCGUUCACCUCGAUGCGGUCAACUCGGAUGGACUGAAGGCGUCGCAAGUUUGUCUCCAUCCGGAAAUGGCAAUCUUCGUGAAAAGCUACGAAACCCGUGCCAUCAACCUGCGUUGUCUAUCCGCCCGAACAAUCGCCCAACAUCGAAUCCCGUUCCGGAAUCAGAUUCCGCGCCAGCUUGUGUCCUUCGUCGAGUGCCACUGCGCACCGAAAGGGUAGGAGGAGGUCGAACAAACCCACCUGCGGAAGGAUAGCUGACGACGGGAAAGGAGAGCGGAUUGAAGGAAAGCGCUACACUACUGUAGGAUUGUUGUGAUAUUCUUCUUUUGUCAUGUCAAUGGCGCCAUUAACUCUGCCGGGCACGUGCAAUGGCAGCCCCCACUGCGCGGAAACUUAUGAAUUUUGAUACAAACCAAAGGACUUUGUAACGAAAAUGUGAAGAAAAACAGCCGUAAAAAAUCUCUUGACGAAUAAAGGGAGUAAUUAAGUGAGUGAGAUGAC